UAUAAAUUUCUUGAUUGUGUGCAAAACUAUACAUACAAAAAAUGGAUAGCUCCGAGUAUGAAAUGGUCAGAAACAUGACUCUUCUCUUCUUCUUUGAACGACUGAUGGACAAGGGUGGUCCACGUACAUUGCACGAUCUAAGUUGCCAGUUCGGGGCUAAAGGAUUCACGAAGGAAAUGCGACAAAUAGCGGGAGGAUCGCAAAGUGGCCUUAAGAAAUUUCUAGCACAGUAUCCAGCACUCUUUCUGAUUGACGGCGAAUAUGUAUCCAUCAAUACGUUUCAGCCAAUCGUGGAAGAGGAGAGUGGAAAUAAAUCGAGUAAACGCGACUAUGCUCGCGAGGCCGUAGAAUACUUUACGAAUAAGCUGUUGCAAUACGGAGUAGGUACUGAGGUACCCAUUAAAAGUCUCUUGGGUCAUCGAUCGCAAGCUUCACCGGAAGUUAGGCAUAUAUCCGGUCAACACUACAAAGAAUUUCGUGAUUUUCUCAUGAAGUAUCCCGAUGCAUUCGUAGUCAGCGAAGAUAAUGUAAUAUUGAAACAAUAUGAAGGCAUGAAACCGGAGCCAUUUCAUGAACUGGAGCCAGAUAUUCCGAUAGAUCCAGAUGUCACGGCAAAACUGUUGAAUUUUUUCUGUGUAUGUAUCGAACAAAAGGGUCCGAUUCUUAUAGAUCAGUUAUUCAGUAUGGUCAAUGAGAAAUUCUCCCAUGAGAACUGGACGAGUAUAUUCAAGACGUCACAGGAUCUGUCUACUUUUAUAAAAAUGUUCCCAGAUGCUUUCCACGUGCAAACGAAUCUGGUGACGUUGAUAGCUCGACCAAAAUCUUCAGUGAUGGAACCCGCAGUUGCGAAAACGAAAACUUCAAGCAAUCAACGCAGUCAGAGCAACAAUGUGGCUCAUACAAACAAUGUGGUGCCAAUUAUUCCGCCGAGCAAGAUCCAACUCUCUCAGCUGCCUUUGGAUCAAUUGGAAAGCGUCUGUAAUAACGCCACAUCUCAACCUAAUUCGCUCCAGAACGCAUGCACAUCGCCUGCUGUUGAAAGCAAUAAUAAUUCACCGCCCGUGAGUUUACAGCAGCAGUCUCUGAAACAGAGAUUCAAUACAAUUGUUAUGAGGACUUUAGCGGAUAACACAGAACGAGAUCGCAGUCUGCAAACUGCCCAGAUGGGCGACGCGUGGAAAUUGAAGGUACUACAGCAGACCAAGGUGAUAGCGACUUUGCGGGAAAGUCUUCAAAUUACAGAAGAUAUAAUAAAUCCUCGAAAACCUCCGCCUGACGGCAAAGUGGUCGUUUCUUUCGAUUGUGAGGGUAUAAAUCUUGGUGUUAGGGGACAGCUGACUCUUGUACAAAUCGGUACAAUGAGUGGUCAAGCAUAUGUGUUCGAUUUGGUCACGUGUCCUGGCCUCGUUCAAGCUGGUGGUCUCCAAAAGUUGCUGGAACAUCCCCAUGUUACUAAGGUGAUUCACGAUUGUAGAAAUGAUAGUGUCAAUCUAUUCAAUCAGUUUAAUAUUAUGUUAACAAAUAUUUUUGACACACAGGCUGCGCACGCAGUGCUUCAGUUUCAAGAAACGGGGAAGCCUGUGUACAAAGUUAAAAAUGUUAAUUUGAACACUUUGUGCGAUCAUUAUGGUGCUCCGUGUAAUCCGCUAAAGGAACAAUUGAAAAAUAUUUAUCGUAAGGAUCAACGUUAUUGGUCUCGGCGACCCAUCACUCGCGAAAUGCUAAUUUACGCGAGUAGCGAUGUUUUAAGUCUCGUACCUCAAGUUUAUAAUGCUAUGUCUAGACUUAUAAAACCCGAACAAGAAGCUCUUUUUGCAGAGCUUUGCGAAGAACAGAUUCAAAUGCACAUAAGACCAGCGGUCGUAAAAGCACGUAAGAAGCAACGAAAGAUCUCGACCGAAUUGGCAGAUUUGAAAAAGAGGAUGGAAGAAGUGACGAGUAAAAAUAUCGUAUUGAGUAAUCGUGAAAUUCGGCUUCUUCGCUAUUUGGAUCUUACCGAAGACGAAAAGGAAAAGCUCAAAGGAAGUUAUAAAGUUGCUAGAAAAUUGGAAAAGUUAGAGAACAUGGGCCAAGAUAAGGCCGACAGCAGCGAUGACGAUGACGAGGAUAAAACGGAUGAUCAUGAAUAUCAAAGCUUAGAAAGCUAUACAUCAGAAAAUUCUGGUGGCAUAUUGUCACCGCGGAACGCCGAUACUCCAAGUCUAACUGAAUCAAUGCAAAUGAUGGACGAAAUACUUUCGGAUGGUCGGAUGGAUAAACUAGAGAAGAUUGAGAAACUGGAAGCCAUACUGUCAGCUGUUACGAGCUCCGCGACUGACCAGCUUUCCGCUAACAAUGCGGAUUCAUCGCCUAUCAAGUGCGUUUGUACGUGUCAAGAAGAUAAGACCGACAGUCGGACGGAUCGUCAAGCUGCUCGAACUAGUGUGGCUUGCCAAACGCUUAGCACAGGUGAUAUAGUAUUUACUAGAGUGUUUGUCAGCGAAGAAGAAAAAGAGCGAGUAAGAUUAUUGAAUUCGCCAAAAAAGUAGAUAUUACAGCUGCUGUGAAAGUAGUAGAAAAGUUGCCAUUUAUAGGUUUUUUUAUAA